AUGCAGCUCGAAUUUUCACAGCAAGAGAUACAAAGACCCUCAAGGAAGGGCAAGGAGCGUGAUCUCAUGCAUCGGGACUCACCUAGGGAUCCUCAGCCAACUGAUCUUGACGAAAAACUUAUUGCUUUUCGUCGUCGCACAGCAGCCGCUAGUCGGCCCAGAGACAAAUCUGAGCGGCCCGCUCCCCCACCGCCGCCGCCCGCUCGCCAGGAUCGUUCUCCAAGGCCACCUCCUCCGCCUCCAACUCGGCCUUCACCUUCACCAAGAAAGCAUCAUCUUUCCCCUCAGCUCGCCGUCUCGCGCCCGUCACAGGAAGCAGAUCCAGAUGACUUUUCUCGUCGCCUCAAAAUAUCACCUUCGUCUCCGUCUGCUCGACCGGCUCAAGUAGCCAAGCAGUCUCAUAAACUCUUCGACCCAGAUCGUGAUCCCAUACCAAUGCGACGUACCGCGGAACCUGAGACCAUGUCGGAUGCCGCCAGCUCUUAUGCAUCUCGGAAUGGUCCAAGAGAAACCGCUGCCAGGCAGCUCUUCAACCAUCGUAAAGAUGAUCCAGUUCGUUUCUCUGUCCUGGCUAGGACUCCAGGCCGCCCUACUCCUACCCCAAAGUCCUCGGGAGACUAUAUAUCUGCUUCUUCUACUUCAUCAUAUGCUGCUUCCCAGACCUCAUCCAGCUUUACAUUGUCCUCGACAACCGACGGCUCAUCCGCAUCCUCUGCGCUGUUCGAAGGACAACGCAAGUCGGCCGAGGAACAAGGCACCAAUGUCUUUGCUGUGCAGCUCAAAAAGCUAUACAGGACAAUUACCAGUCUCGAAUCCAAGGUGAAUCAGGAGGACCUCGAAGAGAACGAGGAUAGUGGCAGGAUCUUGCUGAAAGGUAAAGAAGUUGAGGACGAAGACCUUGAGAAGGAGAAGUGGAAGAAGAAGAUCAAUGAUCACAAGAGCCUGGUCGAGAACAUUCACAAUCUCCUCGAAAUCUCCUUGGCUCCCAGUGUUCCUGCCUCGCUCCGCAAUAUUCCAACCAAGUACAACAUUAUUGUACGACUAUGGACUUACGGGUUUCACAAGCUCCUAGAGUCUCUUCGGCGCUCCUCUUUCACUUCUCCGCUAGCCAUGGAGCAUCUCCAAGACUUUAUAUAUUACGCUUAUACGUUCUACACAGGCCUUUUAGAAGAGCCUGCCCUCAGCACCUUCAAAAGCGGAUGGUUGGAAGCCCUAGGCGAUCUUGCACGGUAUCGAAUGGCCGUCGCAGCAAUGGUCACUGGAAUUUCAAACGGUGGUGGUUCGCUCACAGCUGCCAAUGUGUCGGAAGUUGUUCGGAUAGCAGGCACACCAUCUUCGAAUGGCUUGGCGCCUCCCGUCCCAGCCGGGGCCAAAUCUGUCAGCGACGCACCCGCAGCCAGGAUCGAUGACUCUCCGUCGCCCAGCGUUGGGCUGGCUGCGGCGCGCCUACUUGACGUCGAACCUGAAAAGGAGCGAUGGCGAGGGAUUGCCCGGGAUUGGUAUGGUGCCGGAUUGGCCGAUCAACCUGGGACUGGUAAGCUCCAUCACCACCUGGGUUUGUUGAGCAGAGAAGUCGAAGGCGAAGAGUUGAGAGGUGUUUAUCAUUUUGUCAAGAGCAUGACUACCCUUCACCCUUUCAUGACAUCGCGUGAAUCCGUACUCCCUAUCUGGUCCGCCGCAGCUCAGGCUCGAAGAUCCCUUCCAGAUGCGCAUGUGCCUGACCUAUUCGUCCUGCUACAUGGCAUGCUUUUCACCAACAUCCAACUCGAUGAUUUCCAGCCGACCCUCGCACGGUUCGUUGAACGCCUGGAAAUUGAAGGCGCCGAAGACCGCGAGUGGACGAUGAUGGCUGCAAUUAAUAUCGGUUCCAUAUUAGAGUAUGGCAAACCCAGCGGUGUUUUGAAAAGGAUUGGUGGUGUUGGCCCUCGUGACUCAGGAACCGCUGCUGCCAUGCGUGUUAUGGCGAAGCGCGAACUUCUUGCCGAGGACAGAAUGGAUGUUGACGAGCCGACAGUCCAAGUUUCUCCUGCGCUCUCAGAAAUGGAGGCUGACUCUGGAGAACUCCCAUAUGCUUUCAAGCUUGCACUUCAAAUCACGUUCACCAUGUUAUCCCAUGUCUUGCGUCGGCCUACGCGGAAAACCUCCCCCUUUGCGCGUUCUACAGUGAACCCGUACCUUACAGUCGUGUUGACGUUCUUGGCAACUAUUCUUAAACACGAACCUUCGCGGGAAGUAUUGGAACGCAGUAUUCCAUGGGAAGAACUUGCUAGAUUCUUUGCCGUCGUGCCUCGUAGCAUCAUGACCGGGCAGGGAUUGGAUGAGCCCGUACCUCGUGAUACUGAACGAUGGAAUAUGGUGACAAGCAGCUGCGCGCCUCCUUUGGCGGAGGACUGGUGUCUACGCGGUAUGGAGUGGGUAGCGCGCAAAGUCUAUGAGCGAGGUUUCUGGAAGAGUGGUGAGGACCGAAAGGCAGAACUUGAAGUACUCAAUGAGUCGGAAGCGCAAGAAAUGACAGACGGUCAGAUUGAAGAUGAUGACAACGAUGAUGCAAGCGAGAGAAAGAGUAGCGACAUUGGCAAGCGAUGGGUACGCAUCAUUCGCUGUGCUGUGGGAAUAGCCAACGUUGUGGACGGGUUCACUUGGGUCCAAGGAACUCGCGAGUGGAGAAUUGAAGGAAAACUUGCGGAGAAGGUUGUGCGAUGGAGGGAGGAAGAUGCACACGAGAGGGAAGCGGAAGAACGCAGACGCCUGGGCAACCGAUGGGUUGACGACUCCAUGGAUAUUGACGACGAUCCAAUGGAUGCAUCCGAAGAAAGCGAAAGCGAUGAUGAAAAUGACACUGAUGCAGUGAAAGCGUUGAAGGCGAGGCGAAGAUACCUGCAAAGCCUCCUCCACUCCGGUCAGGCAUCACUCGUACCUAUUUCGUCGUCUCGUCGCAAGGGUCGUAAAAAUACCGAUACCCGCCCGCCCCUCCCGGUGUUGGCCGGAUAUACGGUCCUUGUUGUGGAUACCAACAUUUUGCUUUCUUCGCUUUCGAUGUUUGCAUCGAUUGUGGAGAGUUUGCGAUGGACAGUGGUUGUUCCAUUGCCCGUUAUCAUGGAACUCGAUGGCCUGUCAUCGAAUCCAUCACAAUUGGGUGAGGCAGCGCAGAGCGCGAUGACUUACAUGUCCUCCCACAUACGAACCCAUUCUACGUCAUUGAAAGUCCAAACUUCCAAGGGCAAUUACCUGACAACCCUGAAUGUACGCACAGAGGAAGUUGACUUCACGAACGGCGCUUCUGAUCGAAACAUGGACGACCUUAUCCUGAAAGCCGCCAUUUGGCACGACGAGCAUUGGGUGGAUCGAUCGGCUCUUUUGAGGAGCGAUGCUAUAGGUAGAAAUGUAACUAACCCUGUCAAGGUGGUUCUCUUGAGCUUGGACCGCAAUUUGCGGCUUAAAGCACGUUCGCGCCAACUACCAGCUGCGAGCGAAAGGGAUCUUGCAUCGAUUCUUUCAAAAGGUGUAUAG